GGUGGCUGCGCCCGCGGCGGCCGAGCACUUCUUCAGGCUGAGUUGGCAGAGGGUAGUGAGCGGCGGUGGCCAAGGCAGAGUCGGAGCCGAAGGAGAAUGAUGAAUGGAAGCGCGGGACCUUCGCAUAUUGACAGUCGCGAGCGGGUUCUCAAGUUAGGGGAGAGUUUUGAGAAGCAGCCGCGCUGCGCCUUCCACACUGUGCGCUAUGACUUCAAACCUGCUUCUAUUGACACUUCUUGUGAAGGAGAGCUUGAAGUCGGCAAAGGUGAACAAGUGACAAUUACUCUACCAAAUAUAGAAGGUUCAACUACACCAGUAACUGUUUUCAAAGGUUCAAAGAAACCUUACUUAAAAGAAUGCAUUUUGAUUAUUAACCAUGAUACUGGGGAAUGUCGACUAGAAAAACUGAGCAGCAACAUCACUGUAAAAAAAACAAGAGUUGAAGGAAGCAGUAAAAUUCAGUAUCGUAUAGAGCAGCAGCAGCAACAAAUGCGGAAUUCAACUAGGACUCCCAAUCUUGUAAAACAUUCUCCAUCGGAAGACAAGAUGUCCCCAGCAUCUCCGAUGGAUGAUAUUGAAAGAGAACUGAAGGCAGAAGCUAGUCUAAUGGACCAGAUGAGUAGUUGUGAUAGUUCAUCAGAUUCCAAAAGUUCGUCAUCUUCAAGCAGUGAGGAUAGUUCUAGUGAUUCAGAAGAUGAAGAGUGCAGAUCCUCUCCUUCUGAUCCAGGGAAUUAUGUCUCAAAACAUCCUACCAUGUCUACCAUGCCACAGUGCAGGAUUCCUGAGAUAGUGGCCGGUCAUAAUAAACAUCAUGACAGCAAUGGCCUUCUGAUGAAUACUUUAAGAAAUGAUUUGCAGCUGAGUGAAUCAGGAAGUGACAGUGAUGACUGAAGAAAUAUUCAGCUAUAAGUAUAAAGUUUAUAAGACAUGUGACAAUUUAUUUUAUAUUAGGAAUAAAAAUUCCUAAGACUGAGGAAAAUGUAUCUUAACUUUGAUGAUAAGAGAAAUUUAAUCUGAUUCAGAAUUUUCAGUUGACGUUACAUUUUUUACCUUUUAUGGGUACCAGCAUUUUCAUGUGUUUUCAUUUAAUCUUAACAAAACUCCUAGGAAGUUUUACAGAUGCGAAAACAAACUUCAGAGGUUAGGUUACUUGCCCACAUAUUGUUAACAAGUGGCAGAUCAGGUGUUCUGAAGUUCAGGUUCAGUGUUCUGUUUUACCACACUGCUGUUUUCAAUUGUGAAUGGCAAAACUGUUGAUUUAUAAUAAAUGUCCUGGUUUUAAUUACA